CUCUCUCUCUCUCUCUCACACGCACACAACAUCAUUAUCUCAUCUCAUCUAGAACUAGAACUAGAACCGAACUAGAAAUAGAAUCCUUCUUCUUAUACUCAUCGCUCUCAUCCUGUUAUACUUUUUCACUUUUCUCAUUUGCUAACAAAUUCCAGAAAGAGGGUAUUUUCUUUUCUUGGUUGUUAUUGUUGUGGUAAAGAAAUUGGAAAAUUUUUGUAAAAAUAGAAAGGGAAAAAGAUGAAGGUGAGGCAUGUAGUGUUGGGUUUGUUGUCGAUUUCCGUCGUUGCUCCCAUCUUUCUAUAUACUGAUAGGGUCGGCGCCUUCUUCAACCCCUCUUCUUCAAGACGCGAUUUUCUUGAUGAUGUUGCAGCUAUCUCGCUGUCCGGCGAUACCAGACAUCUGAAUGUUCUUCCCCAGGAAACUUCCACCACCCUGGAAGAGCCCAUUGGAAUCGUCUAUUCUGACCGCUUUACCCAUUCCUUUUCCAACGAGACGAGGGAGCAUAAAUCUACACGACUGCUUUCUGCUACAAAUGAAGAACGUCAACCCCAAUUACCCGACCCCAUUAAACAGGUCACAGAUCCUGUUUCUGCCAAUCUCACCACUACCCUCGAUUCCCAUCCCAAUGCAUCUCACCUUUUGUCUAUAAAGCCUGAGCAACAACCAACUCAACCCUCCAGCAAGAUUGAUCAGAAAGAGCAUUCAGAUAACAAAUCUGACAGACUGACUGAACCAACAGAUGCUUGGGUACGUCACGUCAAAGACCAGCUCAUCCGUGCAAAAGUUUACCUCUCCCUUCCAGCCAUCAAAAACAACCCACAUGUUACAAGGGAGCUUCGACUGCGGAUUAAGGAAGUUUCACGUGCUCUUGGUGAUGCAGCCAAGGACACUGAUCUGCCAAAAAAUACCUUUGAUAAGUUGAAAGCAAUGGAGCAAUCAUUAGAAAAAGGUAAGCAGAUUCAAGAUGACUGUGCUGCUAUGGUAAAGAAGCUUCAAGCUAUGCUCCACUCAACUGAAGAGCAACUUCGAGUGCACAAAAACCAGGCCAUGUUCUUGACACAAUUAACUGCAAAAACGCUUUCCAAGGGUCUUCAUUGCCUGCCUUUGCGUCUUGCUACUGAGUAUUAUUCCUUGAAUUCUUCACAAAAGAACUUUCUAAAUCAAGAUAAAUUAGAAGACCCCUGGCUGUACCAUUAUGCACUUUUCUCAGAUAAUAUAUUAGCAGCAGCAGUUGUUGUAAACUCAACUGUCUCCCAUGCUAAGCACCCUUCAAAUCAUGUUUUCCACAUUGUCACAGAUAGGCUUAAUUAUGCGGCAAUGAGGAUGUGGUUUCUUGGUAAUCCACCUGGGAAAGCCACUAUACAGGUCCAGAACUUUGAAGAAUUUACAUGGUUUAACUCUAGCUACAGUCCAGUCCUUCAGCAGUUAGGUUCUCCUUCCAUGAUUGAUUAUUACUUCAGGGCACAUCGUGCUAAUUCUGAUUCAAAUCUGAAGUUCCGGAACCCAAAAUAUUUGUCCAUUCUGAACCAUCUUCGCUUCUACCUGCCAGAGAUCUUCCCAAAACUCAAUAAAGUGUUGUUCCUAGAUGAUGAUAUUGUAGUCCAAAAGGACCUUAGUGGUCUGUGGUCCCUCGAUUUGAAGGGCAAUGUCAAUGGUGCUGUUGAGACUUGUGGAGAAAGCUUCCAUCGGUUUGAUCGAUAUCUCAACUUCUCAAAUCCUCUAAUCUCAAAGAAUUUCGACCCACAUGCUUGUGGAUGGGCAUAUGGAAUGAAUAUUUUUGAUUUGGAGGAGUGGAGGCGGCAAAAUAUCACGGAGGUAUAUCACAGAUGGCAGAAGCUGAAUCAUGACAGGCAAUUGUGGAAGUUAGGGACCUUGCCUCCUGGUCUCAUAACAUUUUGGAAACACACUUAUCCACUUGACAGAUCUUGGCAUGUGCUUGGGCUGGGCUACAAUCCUAACGUCAACCAGAGGGAGAUUGAACGAGCUGCUGUUAUACACUAUAAUGGCAACUUGAAACCAUGGCUGGAGAUAGGCAUAGCUAAGUAUAAAAACUACUGGGCAAAGUAUGUAGAUUAUGAUCUUAUGUAUUUGCGAGAUUGCAACAUCAAUAGGUAGAAAGCCGUCAUGGGAUACCCUUAUGUUAAAGUUUCGUGGUGAUCUAUGUUGGCUAUUCAUCUUGACAAGUCUUCAUCACUUUGUAGAUUAUUCUAUUCCGAGGUAUCGGGUUGAAUUCAUUCUUGUAUACAUUGUCAAUUUUGUUUUCGAUAUUUUGGUUCUUGCCACAUUGUGUUACGAGUGACGUUGAUGUGGCUAGUUUUAGCUAGGUAUGUGGAAAUGAAGGUGUAUUUGUAUCUGAUUGGUAAUCUAGCUGCUGCCGCUGCUUCUUUUUUUUUUUUUUUUUUGUCAUUGUAAUGUUAGAAUAUGUCAUCUGAUGCAAUGGUCCUCAAAUGCAGCCUAGAUAGGAAGUCAGGAAGGUAAGGGAGUUGUUCUUGCUGAGAUUUGGAGUCCUGUCCCAAGCCGAGUUGAUAGAUAGGAACGUGAAUAUGUGCACGUGUUUCUCGCUUUCACAUGGGAGCAGUUGGUUCAGCCCAUGACAACAGAAUAGAAUGAUAGUAUUAGUAGUAUAUUUAAAAAAAAAAAUACUGGUUGUAAAUUUUUCACAUUGUUAACAAGGGCUGUAGGGGAUGCAUCAUCAGAAAAUUUUGACUUAAGCUGUUUUGUAUUGUAUGAUAAAAUGGUAAUUGUGGUUACUGGAUGUUGUUUCGUUCGUCAGUCGUGAGCUCAGCUCACGUUAGGUUCCUUCAUUCAAAGUAAUAAUUAAUUAAAUAAACGGUAGCGGUAGCCACUGACCCAUGUCAUGUGGUAUGGUGGUUGAGAUAGCCCACUUUUAACUUUAGAAAUUAGUAUCCAUUUCUAUUUUCCACCUAUCUCUAAUGGGAAUAACAAGGGGCUGAUGGUGAGCAGUGGGACUGGGGCUCC